CAUGGUGUGCUGACUAUGCUCGGCUGCUUGGGCAUUCCUGUUAUAGUAGUAAAGCUCCAACCUCGCCGAAGAGCUUUUCCCGCAGAAAAUGGUAUCGCUAAAAACAAAUGUAGGUAUUAAGAUAAUGGUUUCUUCGGGUGUUCUUGGCUUCCGGUGCCAGCCUACAGAACUAGAACAUCUAUGAGAAGACUUGCAGCUUUGUUUCUGAAACAGUAAUGGCGAUUCCUGCAUCACGGACUAGGAUGGUUCUUUCGAGCUGCUAUCGGAGUUCGUACCUGGAAAAGAUGCUAUCAUCCUCUGCCGCUCGUGGAUUCUCUUCAAACGCUGUUCCAGCUCAAUUAGAGGCUCGUGAUAUUUUUAUUCUCUCUUCGAAAAAACUCUUUCCCGCUUUCUUUUCAGGCGAUUUGGUAGUAACACUACUUUGGAUAAUACCUGAUAGGCAUAUUACCUAAAUCCAGUUCGUAAGCGAACAAAAGGCGCCUUUCUUAAAAAAUUAUCUUCCAUUUUGAUGUAACUGAUAGCAUUUUCUGGCGUAGCUUUCUUCUUUUGGAGAGUUGGCCGACCCAGUUCAGAGCAUCUUGUUCCACUUGAAGUUGCCUGCAUUAGAGCAGAAGUAGCUAAAAAUUUUUUGGUGCCCUCAGAAAUUUUAAGUUUUCUUAAACUUAUUCUACAGCUUAUAACUCUGGGAGGGUUGGAUUCAUUGGGCUAGGGAAUAUGGGUUUCCAUAUGGCUAAUAAUUUAAUUAAGGCUGGAUACAAACUGACUGUCAAUGACAUUGACCAGGCUGCUAUGAAGAAGUUCUCAGAUUGUGGAAUAUCCACAGUAGAAACACCUUUUAAAGUGGCAGAGUCAAGUGAUGUUAUUAUUACCAUGCUUCCUUCGUCUUCCCAUGUAUUGGCUGUUUAUACUGGACAAAAUGGAUUGUUACAUGGUGGAAGUCAAGUAAGGCCUUGGUUAUUUAUUGACUCAUCUACAAUUGAUCCUCACACUUCAAGAAAGCUAUCAAUGAACAUUUUUCAGUGUCUUCUGAAAGAGAAAAAAGGGAAUGCUGAUAGCCCAUUCAUGUUGGAUGCUCCUGUUUCUGGAGGCGUUCCAGGUGCUGCAGCUGCGACUCUUACUUUCAUGGUUGGAGGAAUAGAGGAUGCUUACCUUGCUGCGAAGCCACUGUUUCUUGCAAUGGGUAAAAACACUGUUUAUUGUGGUGGGCCUGGAAAUGGUGCUGCUGCCAAAAUCUGUAAUAAUUUAGCAAUGGCUGUAAGCAUGCUUGGGGUCUCUGAGGCUCUUGCUCUUGGUCAGGGUUUAGGGAUUUCAGCGAACACUCUUACUAAUAUAUUCAAUUCCUCAAGUGCUCGUUGUUGGAGCAGUGACAGUUAUAAUCCAGUCCCAGGAGUUAUGGAAGGAGUGCCUUCUUCAAGGAGCUAUGAUGGUGGCUUUUCCUCAAAACUUAUGGCCAAAGACUUGAUGCUGGCAAAGGCAUCAGCUGAAGAGAUUCAGCAGAAAUGUCCUCUCGCAUCCGAAGCACUCAAUAUAUAUAUGGAAAUGUGCAGUAAGGGCUUCGAAUCCAAAGAUUUUUCGUGCGUUUUCAAACAUUACUACUCUGGCAGUCAUAACUUGUAAGACCAUUUAACUUGAAGUGACUAUUCUUUUUUCCUGUUUCCACAGCAUUGUUUUUACUGUUAGUAUUGUGAUUUGGAUGCCCUGCACAUCGGAUUUGCCAAAAUUUGAAUUUCAAGCAAACAAUUUAAGCCAAUUUUUUA